UCUCUCCCUCCAUCAGUCUAUCUGUUUAUCAGUCUCACCGGUCAUCUCUCUCUCUCUCCGUUCAUCAGUCUGUCUGUCUGUCUGUCGUUGUCUUGAGAAAGACUGACACUCUUGGAGCCUCUAAGAAGCCCACAGACAUCUGAAAACUACAGACCCUCCCAGAGGCUGCCAGACGACGGCACAUAUCAGAUGGCCACCUGGUGGUUGAGGUGGGGUACUGCUGCUGUGAUGGUGUGCAGCAUCCUGACCUCCCUUGCAACCUUUGUUGCCAUGGAGCCCAGCUGUAACGCACACCUUGGUUACCCCGGAUUACCUGGGAUACCAGGGGCUCACGGAGCCAACGGUAAAGACGGACUCAAGGGAGGGAAGGGAGACCCAGGUGAGUCUGUUUGGGGAGGGAAGGGCCUGAAGGGGGAGCCAGGUGAAUCAGGUCCUCCAGGACGGUCAGGUCUUCAGGGGGACCCCGGUCAGCUUGGACCCAAAGGACCCGCUGGCCUCCCCGGGGAGAAAGGCAGUCCCUCUGGGGUCAACAGCGCUGUCACCUCCUUCUUCUCCUACAAGAGGAACACCAUUCAGCCGCCUCCCAAGAACACGCCCAUGCGUUUCGACGGACCAAUCGUGUCGGGCCUUAACCCUAGCCUGCAAGGCGUUUCGCUGAGUGAAGGGGUGUUCAAGUGUUCCAUUCCUGGCAUGUACUUCUUUACCUACCAUGUGUCGGCUAAGAGCCUGGUCUGUCUCAGCCUGAAGAAGGGGACAGAGACUAAGGUGGAGUUCUGUGAUUCGUCGAGUGGUUUCCUGGUGACGUCUGGGUCAGUGGUGCUGGAGCUGAAGGAGGGGGAGGAGGUGUCUCUACAGCCCACUGAAAACAACGCUGUCAUCACUAAAGACGAUCGAGCUGACAACACCUUCACCGGCCUUCUGCUCUUCCCAACUCAUUGAACCACAUGAAACCACACAGAACCACAUUGAAUCUGCUCAAAACAGAUUUAACCAGAUCUAAUCUCGGUUACCCAGAAGUAACAUUUUCGCCAAAGUUUGUCACUUCCUGUUUUACUUCAAUUUUAACUUUGUAGGUGUGGUAUCUAGCGGAAACCAUUUAUCAUCCGCACACAGGUUUGAAAUCUCAGCCCCAGUUUAAACACCGCUUUCGAACAAUCCUGAUUAUUUCAAAUAAUGAAUGAUGAAAACCUCAAACCAGAAACUACUGCUGCUCCUAAUCACAUAAUUCUACGUGAGCCUGGACAGAUUGUCGCCAUUUACACGCAUAAUCUGUCCACAAGAGAUUAAACCAGAUCACACCUGCUGAAACCAGCUUCCUGCUCUUCCACACCACAUAAAAUACAUAUCAUAGCCACAUCAUUCUGUUCUAGAAGCAUCUGCAGAACAACCAACCAUCUCUUUAUCUGUUUCUGCCUCCCUGUCUAUACUGCUGCUGCUAGCUGAGACAGCUCAUCUAUCAAUCAAUCAAUCAAUUUCCCCAGGUCGUUGUUGUAAAUGAGAAUGUAUUCUCAGUCAACUCACCAGGUAAAAUAAGGAAUAAAUAUCAAAUAAUCAAUCAUGUAUUGUAUCUGCUGAGCUGCUUACCAAAACUAAAAUAUACCAUUUUGGAAAUGAGUUUUCAAUCAAUAAAGUGAUUUGUUAACAGUU